UGUGGACAAGAAAUUACCUGCCAAAGCUAUAACUACAACAGGAAGGAGAAGAUCUGCGAAUUGAACAACCGCACCAAAGAGGCGAGGCCUGAAAGUUUUCGCUCGGCCCCUGGUUGGUUUCAUAUCCGGCGUUUAAACGGAAGGGCACCUCUGGGUUCCAUUAUGGAAUUACCAGCAAUGUCUUGCCAAGAAAUAAAGGCAAGUGAGGGAAAAGAUUCCACUAGCAACAAGUACUGGCUGAAUCCAACUGGUAAUGGAAAGACAGAGUUGAUGUUUUGCGAUAUGAACUUUGGGACUGGAGACAUCGAUGAAUGUAAGAGUGAUAUCUUGCGCUGUGACGUGAAUGCAAACUGUUCAAACACUUAUGGCUCGUAUAAAUGCACAUGUAAGGAGGGAUACAAUGGAACUGGACAUGUAUGUACAG